UUUCGGUAGCACUUCCUCAAUCUGGUGGGGGCGGGAAACGAGAGGCUAACACCGAUGUAUUCAGAGUGAGAUCCCUGAGGCCCUGCAGAGGGUUCCCAGUACAUCCAGACUAACAGAGCCAGAGGAGUGUGGUCCUGUUUGCUCCCAGUCCACUAGAGGAGAGAAAGGGCUGGUCCCUUUUGUGGCUCACCUGGACCCCAAGGAGCUGAAAGGAUGUCUCUUCCCCGUCAGCUGCGAGACAAGAGUGACUUUGACCAGCUUCCAAAUGAGGUGCCUGUCUCCGCUAACAUUGCAGAUGCCCAAGAGAAGAGCGGCUUCACCAGUUACUAUGUGUUUGUCAUUGAGGUGAAGACAAAAGGAGGUGGCAGAUACUUGAUCUUCCGCCGCUACCGCCAGUUCUACGCCCUGCAUAGCAAGCUAGAGGAGAGAUAUGGGGCAGAGAACAAAAGCAAUACCUUUGCCUUCACCCUCCCCGUGUUGCCAGGAAAGGUUUAUGUUGGUGCGAAAAAGGAGAUUGCGGAGAGCCGGAUCCCUAUCCUCAAUAUUUACAUGAAGAAGCUGCUCUGUCUGCCCAGCUGGGUGCUGAUGGAUGAAGACCUACGACUGUUUUUCUACCAGUCGGAGUUUGACUGCGAGCAGGUGCCGAAGGGGCUGCGGCGGCUUCGCCCACGCACUCGCCGAGUCAAAAGCAUUGCGCACCAGGCGCCUGGUUUUGACCGCAUGGCAGCCCCACGGGCUGAGGCAUUGUUUGACUUUCUUGGAACCAGUACACUGGAGCUGAACUUCAAGAAGGGAGACUUGAUCUAUCUACUCAGCAGGAUCAACAAAGAUUGGCUAGAGGGAACCGUCCACGAUUCCACCGGAAUCUUCCCAUGUGCUUUUGUGAAGAUCAUUCAAGACUUACCCCCGGAGGAGGGCACUAUCAAUUGGCUGCGCUGCUAUUACCAGGAUGACACUCUCAGCAUCAUCAGGGACAUAUCAGUGGAAGAGGAUCUGAGCAGCACCCCAUUGUUCAAGGACCUCAUGGCAUUAAUGAGGAGAGAGUUUGACCGUGAUGACAUUGUUCUGAAUUACCGGGACUCUGAGGGUGACCUGAUCCGUCUGGUGUCUGACCAGGAUGUCGAACUCAUGGUGUCUCAGGGCAGAAGACGGCCCUCCGAGAAGCAUUUUUUCCCCUGGAAGUUGCACAUCACCCACCAGCAUGAUCUCAGUGUCUACAACACCAGCCCAGGAGGAGGCACUAGUCAGGCACUAGCAGUGAAAGGACAGUGACUGCCACAGGGAGCUGUUUCAACUGGUGGCUGCACCCCUCCAUCCACUGUACUGACUGUUUCUUUUAACAAGGCUUGGGACAGGCAACAAUCACAGCAGGUUAGAUACUGGUGCCCUGGGACAUGGAACAACCAGAACAAGUGGACCUACUGCCGCCUGAGAGCAGAAGUGCUGAGGUGUCAGGGGAGCCCUGCAAGCCCAGGCACCUCAAAGACUAAUUGGACAUUGUUAGUAAAUGUAGCUAGUAAGCUGGAUAUAAAUAAUUGUAACUGUGUGUCAGUGUUGGGUUUGAAGUGUUGUUCUGGCUGGGAAGAGAAGAUGUGCUAUUGUGAGCUAUGCCUUUACGGGCUGAGCGCCCCAGCAUGAAAUCUGGGUAGAGCGCAGCAGAAGCUCCAACUGUUGUCAUGGGGCUGACUGGAACCGGUCACGGAAUAAAGCAGAGCUCUAUCUAAUGCCUUUA